AUGAAAAUUUGAAAGGUGUAAAUUGGGUCUAUCUUUGUAGUAUCCAUUGUCGGUCUCGGUUGAAAAGUUAUGUGCUAAUCAUGUGCAAUUAGGAAAAAUAUACUAUUAAAGUAAUCCUGGGAAAUUUUUCAAGUUGUGUCUUGUGAGUGAUAUUCCUUUGUGCUGUGAAUUCAAGUAAAAAAAUGUAGUGCAAAGUGGUGUGAGCUUUGGAAUACAAAGAAAAAAUCACGAUAGCACCUCGCAGGGGGUUCGAAAAUGGAUAUUUUGCUGUUACAUGCGCUUGAAUUUUUCUGAGUCAUUUAUGCGAUAAACACUAUGAGCCUCCACUUGGUGUUCGAUAGCAUAUAAAUAUGCCACAGAGUAUUAAAGCAGGGUAAAAAAUACCCCAAAAGAAAGGAAAACCUGAAGACACGCCACCACUAUUGAGGGUGGACCUCUUGCAUAGACAGUAUGGGGAAUAUGGCUGCCGUUUACAAUACAUCGGGGGUGCGGCGCUAAAGGGGGUUGCAAAUAUGUAGAAAAUUUCCAGCCGUCACCCAACCCACCUCCGUAACACACUACGCGUUACCUUCUAAAAUCAUUGAUUAAUGUUCAAAGUUCACUAUUCAUUCAUAAAAAUUAUUUAUCCAUAAAUAUUAAUUACCAUUAAGGUACACUAAAUUUAUCAAAUAAUUGACUACCAGGUACAAUUAUACAGAAAAUAAAUCCUCACAGGAUUUUUUAGGAUUCUUUAAUAUCUUCAGGGUCAAAGACAAAAAAUAUAACAAUAAUUAGACUGAGAAUUCAGAAUUUUUGUGCAGCCAUUUAAUGUUUAUGUAUAUACUACAUAUGUGGUUACAAAUUACAAACAUUUAGUUGAUAUUUCACAAAAUUUUUUGGACAAAUAUUGAUAUUCUAGCGAAUAUUUUCUGAUAUAAAAACAUAUAUUCACACCACCCAGAGAGAUACAGUGCAAAAAAAAAUUAAAACGAUAAUAAAAGAUCAACAUUUUAUUCUCUCUAUUGAGUACAUACCUACCUAUAGGUUUUACAGGAUCAAAUUUGAAAAGCAUUUUAAAAGCUAAAAAAGUGAAAUUAUAAUAAAGAAAAGGAUAGCAUAAUGAAGCAGAUAAAUGUGUCGAUUGUCGGCAUGUCCGGUACGGAGAAGGAACGUGGACAAAUUGGAGUGGGCAAGUCAUGUCUCUGCAAUCGAUUCGUGCGACCACUAAACGAUGAUUACUUCAUUGAUCACAUAUCAGUAUUAAGUCAGUCUGACUUCUCUGGUCGUGUUGUUAACAAUGAUCACUUUCUUUACUGGGGAGACGUAAAGAAAACGUCUGACGAAGGUGUUGACUAUGUGUUCCACCUUAUCGAGCAGACAGAGUUUAUGGAUGAUGCCACAUUCCAACCCUUCAAGGUGGGUAAAAUGGAGACUUAUAUGAAGCGCUGCAUUGCUACUAGGGUAACAUCAGCUGAGAAAAUGAUGUACAUCUGCAAGAAUCAAUUGGGUAUUGAAAAGGAGUACGAGCAGAAGAUUUUACCUGAUGGGCGAUUAAAUAUCGAUGGAUUUAUCUGUGUAUUCGACGUGAGUUCAGUACCGAAUCGGAGUGUUGAAAAGCAAGUGGACUUUGUUUGUGGUAUCAUCAAUAAUUUGCUCAAAACAAAAAAACCUGUAUUGCUUGUUACGACCAAGAAUGAUGAAGCUAAUGAACUGUAUGUUCGGGAAGCAGAAAAAAUUUGUCAAAGAAAAGAAUACAAGGGAAGUAUUCUCAUGGUGGAAACGUCCUCGCAUGAGGGAAUUAAUGUGGAGAUGGCAUUUAUUGCUCUAGCUCAGAUGAUUGAUAAAACCAAGCAGAGAACAAAAAUUGUCACUUACCAGGAAGCUGCAAGAUUGCGCAAGGAGCUUCUCGAUACUAGCACUGAAACUGUAACUAGACUGGUUCGUGAUCAAAUUACAGACUACCACACUCUCUGGUCGCAUGCAUCCAAGGCUCUCAGUGUUCAUAAAGAAUGGCAAGAGUUCAUAGAACUCUUUGGACAGGAGGCAGGGCAGCGUAUCUUCCGGCGACACAUCAAGAAACUGAGACAGGAAAAUGUCAGUAAACGCCUUCAUCAGUACAUGGAAAAUUUUUCGUGCGCCCUCCAAGAUCUCAUUCCAGAUAUUAAUUCACUCAGCAUUGAGAUAAGUGAUGACUGGACGCUACUCCAGAACUACCUGAAAAAUCACAUUGAUUUCGACCAGUAUUUUUUUGAGUGUCAUCAGGCUCCAUGGACAGAUUUGAGUGACGUUAGUGAUACAGAAGACGAGUCUCGGAUUCCUUUUGAUGUGUUGGACACACCUGAGGCUGAGACAGUCUUCAAGAAUCACGUGAAUGCAUUGCAACAGGAACAGAAAAGACUUGAAUGGAAGAAACAAUUCAAGAAGCUCUUGGAAGAAACUGGCUAUGUAACACCGGGAAAGCAAUUGUCGGAAGUGCGUGUCCUCUUUAUGGGACGUGAAUGUUUUGAAGCUCUUUCGGAGCACGAUUGUCAGCAAAUUUAUGACAAUCACCAGCGUGAGUUAAUUGAGAAGGCGAAGCACAAUUUCCAGGAGUUGCUCUUAGAACAUGCCGAUCUAUUUUAUCAUUUUAAAAGUAUAGACCCAUCGGGUACAAUAACACAAGAUGAUAUAAAAGAGAUAACAGAUGUGUUGCAAGAGGAUAUACGCUACAAAAUGCUUGAUAGAUUGGAUCAAGACAGGAAACUUAUGCUCUUUCAACACCUAGGUUUUGUACAUUGCCCAAUCAGAGAGCACUGUCCGGCUUUCCCAAAUUGCAUGGAUGCCCUAAUUGAAAGGAUAAUCACUGCAAAAAAAUCACAAAGUCUAUCACGAAAGAGCCAAUGGAAAAUGCAAAAGAGCUAUGAUACCAAUGUGAAUUUGCUGAUUCUUGGUGCUGAACAUUUGGCUGGUGAUUUAAUCAAUGAAAUAUGUCUUAAUUGUGGAGAUGAAGGGGAAUACAUAUAUGAUGGCCAGACGCAUUUCUUGCAAACAAAAAUAAUUCAAGGAAAUAUGGACAGUUUCAAGUCAAUAGACUUUCAAUCGAGUGGACUUGUCUGUGUAUACUCCAAUCAAAUGUCUUUUGAAUAUUUGAAGGAAAGUCUAGAAAAGAGUUUACUUUGCAAUCUAGAGUUAGAAGACAAAUUUGAAAAUUUACCACUCGUUCUCGUAUACCAACCCGAGGACUCUAAACUAGAAGAGACUGGAAUUGAGUUGCUGCGAAGUGAAGGACAUCAGCUAGCUGAACUUCUACAUGGUCUAUUCAUCGAUACAUCCCUUAACCUCUAUCACCAUCGACAGAGUCAACAUCAAAACUAUAUCUACGACAUAAUCAACCAUUUAAUUGAAUGUAUAAAAUCAUUAGAUCUCAAACCAGAUGAUCCAUUCAAUAUGAGUCCAGACAUUAGGAUAAUUCUAUGCAUGUUCUGUGGCGACCCAUUUUCCGUGGAGAAUGUUUUAAACUCCAUCACUGCUGACACAUCUUGUAUGCUCUCCAGCGAACGAAGUCUCAUGCUUGAGACAUUCCUGGGAGACACAAAGCGUCGAAUUGAAAUAAUUGUUUCUUCAUACCACGGAGCCAAUGCAUUUCGCGAUGAGCUUGUACAUGGUUUUAUACUCCUAUAUUCAACAAAGAGGAAGGCAUCACUUUCGACACUCAAUGCUUUCUCUAUGAAUAUCCCCAAUUUGCCGAUGCAAAUAAUGGCCAUGACAACUGAGAGUGGGAGUGCCAGUGCUUUCUUCAACAACGAAAUGUGCCAGUUACUGAUGACGGAAGGAAAUGCUACUGCCGAUCGUCUGCGAGCACAUUUUAUGACCUCCGCAACAGGGAAUCAACUCAAGAUCGCAUUCUACACGCCUUUUCUCAAAGAAGUUUGGGACAAGAAACCAGAAAUUGAGCAAGCUUUCCAUAUGGAAGAACCUGUUACCUUGGAUUCCGGCGAAGGAACUCUGGAGCACUCGAUGCAUCACCACUUACCUCAACCACCGCCGCGGCAUGAAAGCUACAUGAUGAAGAAUAAUCACGAUGGAUCAGGAAGCGAAAAUUACGAACACUUACCUACUCGGUCUCUUAACUCCCUUAAUGGACCGGACGAUAAUAUUAAGCUGAAUCUCAAUGACAACAGCGAAAAGUACCCCCAUCUUUAUAUGUUGGGGGAGAAGGAUAUGGGAAUAGACGAUACAUAUUUGAACGACGACGAUAAGGAUGAAAAGAGUCGCUUAAUUCAUCAAGGUUUCCAAAUUUAUCCACCGCCAACGACGCCACCUGAGCCCGCGCCACCAGAUCAUCACAUGGCCCCUACAGUACUCAUGCGGCAACUCAAAGGAAAUUUGGUGUCUGCAUCUCAAUCAAGUCUCGAUGAAAUUACAUCCGACGUGAGUGGAUCAAAAGAUUCACUCACAACACACGAUUCAGGUUGGCUGGAUGAUGCUCUAUUUAUUGGCCGUGAUGGUGACAAGCGCGACAGUGGUGGGAAUAAGAGAAACGUUCUGUGGAACAACUUUGGUGCGCAUCACGCUUUUACAACCGGGAGGCGACAGAAUGAGUCAUCAACUUUCGGCAAUAAAGUGCGACCAAAGGGACCCAGUCAAACAUUAAAGCAACCUGGAAAAUUGAAUCUAAAAAACUUUGCCAUCGUCAACGAUGCUAUAGCCCGAAUGAACGUUAAUAGUGAUGGAGGCAUUGACGGUAGGAUUUGCAAUAGUGCACAUGCAAAGAACCCCAAAGGCUCAAUAUUCGAUCAUGCCCCUUUGGCAGCUCCAGAGGAUGAUUCAGAUAACCCAGCCGAGGCAGGAUACAGUCAGGUUAAAGAGGUAUAUCAGGGUGGUGACACUGGCAGCAUUGAUGAUCAGCAAAUGUUCAACUACACUCUUGAUUCUACGCCUAAUAAGUCUAAGUUACGCCACAGACGGGAGAAGGAACAUCAAAAGUACUCUGACACAGAUUCGGAAUCAAGUUCAUUGGAGCGCAAAAAUAAUAGGGGUUUCGAUGGUUACUACAAAAUGAAUCGCAAAGGACAGACACACAAACGGAUUCGAAAGAAAAGAACAGCCAUUCCGGUUCAGCCACCAAAAGUGCCAUUUGGAACUUACGUGAGUCCUCCGGAAAUUCCAAUGCUGUAUCAAAGAAUGAAAGCCGGGGAGCAGGUAAAGAAACUGCUGCCAGCAAUGGUAGAAAAGCAUGUUGAAGAGGAAUCGAGUAUCGAUGUGUCAUCGCCGCGUGACAAUAAUUCACCAAUUUUUGGUGUCAUGCCCAAGGUCGUGAAAGAGUGUGAUAGGGAGAAAUUACUAGAUAACAAACGAGAAAAACAGAAGGGUCAUAAGGAAGAAGAAAAAAAUGAGAAAAAACGUGCCAAGGAAGACGCAGCUAAAUUGAAAAAAAUGAUGGAUAAGGAAAAAGAACUUGAAAAACGUAUGAAGAGAAAAUCAAAGAGGGUAGGUGUAGCAAGUGGUGGUGAUAUUGCACCUGCAUCCCUAGGGGAUUUUAUCCAAUCCGAAAAGAAUUUUAUUCCACUUUUCCUCGAAAGAUGCGUUCAAUUUAUUGAACAGGAAGGUCUCGACUCUGAAGGUAUCUAUCGUGUUCCCGGUAAUCGUGCACACGUUGAAUUACUCUAUCGCAAAUUCGAAGAAGAAAUGCAUGUGGACAUCGAAGCACUGGAUAUUCCUGUAAAUGCUGUGGCUACUGCCCUCAAAGACUUUUUCUCUAAACAUUUACCACCACUAUUUGACGAAAAUUUAAUGACGGAACUGGAAGACAUUGCAGGUUCUCGGGGAAUGGCUUCAAAUACUCUUAGCAUGGAGGUUAAAACUGAUCGCAGUUGUCGGCUUUUGGCACUUCGUGGACUUCUCAAUAAAAUGCCAGCUAUAAAUUUUGCUAUACUGAAAUACAUUUUUCAGCACUUUGUCAGGGUCUCAGAGAAUGCAAAACUGAACAGUAUGGACAGCAAGAACUUAGCUAUCUGCUGGUGGCCUACGCUUAUCCCAAUUGAAUUCACGGAUAUGGGGCAUUUUGAGCAACUGCGGCCAUAUUUGGAGGACAUCGUGCAGACAAUGAUAGAUCAAUAUCCCUUUCUUUUCUGUGGUAAGGAAGCUUUCGUGAUGGUGUGAAAGAAAGGGAAUUCUUCAUAAUCAUCUCAUCGAAUAUAAAUUUGCACCACUCAUUAUUUUUGGUAUAAGUCUCAAACUAAAUAUUCCAUUAUAUACUUAGUUCGGUAUUUUUUGAACAGAAUGUAUGAAGUAAUUUGAACAAUAAUUAUUAAUUACCAAAAAUAUAACGUAAAUGUGCAAAUGAGGUUUGAGACAAAAGUGUCUAUUAUACAUUUCUUGAGUUUCUUAAUUAAAAAUAAGGUAUAAAAAGUCAGAAAUGAAGCUUUAAUUAAAUUGAAAUGUUGAUAUCAUUUGCCAUAUUUUUAAAAAUCGAAUUGUGAAGCAUUUUUAAACUAUGUAUGUGUGUGUCUAUUGCAAUUACUUUUAGAAACUUUGUCUCUCUUCGAUAGAUGUUAAUAACUGAGAUAAAAUUUUCUCUCAGUAUUUAUUCAAUGUUUUACCACAUAUAUAUCAUAUCUUUCUGCACUAUUCUCAUAGAUAAAUAAUAUGAAGAAAUUAAUCACAAUCACAUUUUUAUGGGAGCUUACUUAAUAAAUAGCUUCAAUAAGCUACACUAGAGAAUA